GAGGUCCUACCUCUCCACUUUCUUUCUUCCCCCCAAUCUACCUUUAUCUUUCAGGAUCCAUCCUUGAUCAAUAGGAAGCCGCCCAACUGUGACUGAACAUGAAGAACUCAAUCCCAUCUGACGUGUGGGAGAGAAAGAAGGCCUUGAUUGCCAAACUGUAUAAGGAUGAAGAAUGGCCUCUGAAGCAGGUUAUCAAGCAGAUCCGUUCUGAUGAUUUCAACCCUAGUGAAACCCAGUUGCGGAGCAGACUUAAGAAGUGGCGGGUCACCAAACCCUCUCGCCAAACCCGCAAGAAAUCCGACGACAGCCAACAGGAAACUACUGGAGAUGACAGUGGCCAAGAAGACGCAUCCCCGAAGGACCAGGCUUCCACAAUUUCCCCCAAAGCACGCCCCCCUCUUCGUUCAGUCGCAUCCGACCUUUCCGUCAGCGAACCGGAAUGGUACAUGGCCAAUGGUUUGCCCACUACAAUGUGCCUUGAUGGACAGCAUAUCUCGAAUGUGUGGGCCCCCGUGAUGGCACAACAAUCUCCACUGAGCCCGUCACACAAACAGCGGGAUCCUUCCCAUGCCUCUUCCAUGAUGGUUCUUCCCAGCUCCAACUCGUAUGACUCACCACACACGUCGCCCUUGAUGGAUAGCAUGUUGAUCAACUCGACAUCAAGUAUGGCGUCGCCAUUCCCUGAUCAUUCCUAUGCCGUCACCACGGACUGCAUGCAAACACCUGCGACAACAGCUGGGCCGAUCCAGUGGUCUAUUCCCCAGUGGUACUCAAUGCCUCUAGAGGCUGGCAGCCCAUUCUAUACUUCAGCACCAUUGAGUCCUCCCAUCGACCCUGCGAUGCAUCUGAUGUCUCCACAUGCCCAGACACCGCCACCUUCCAGCAUCGGGCGGCAGCAGAUGGCCGACCUCCAAGAGGGGACAUGGAAACGUGCCAUGUCUGCUCCAUAUGUUCAGGAUGCCGCUGGCGGUCAUCCGAGAUUGGAACAGAAAGGGCCGCAACCACGGCCGCUCGAGAGGAAAGCCUCGCUCCAGCCAAAGCCGGCCGGCCAACCUGCUAUGGGGUUAGUGUCUCCGCCGUCCUUCUAUCCCCAUGGGCAACAUCCUAUGUGUGCGCCCAUGUACCAAUAUCCUGGAUCCGAGAAUCUUGUGCACAGGCCUCAGAGUAUCGACUUUUAAGCACGACACGGAGCAUCUUGCCUUUCCCUUGUGACACUAUUUAAUUUCUCAUGUUGGACUUCGAUUUGGUUCGACCUAUCCAGCCAUAUUCCUUUUUUGGUGUUGAUUCUUACUUCUCAC